UCCGGACCCCUCCUGCUCUUCCACUGAUCCAGGAAGACUGCUGAGAGCAAUCCGUUGAAGGCAUCUGGAACUUUUACGCUAUAAAUGGUGCUGGGGUUCUUUUGAAAAUUCAGUUUAUACAUUUCAAUGGUUUCUUUUUUAAACUGAGCGCUGGAAGUCCUCGGUUUUCUGGACCCGUAUCAGAAGUGUGCCUUAAAAGUAGCUGUUUCAGUGUUCCUGCUGCACUGGGGCUGCCAUGGACCACUGUCAACUGAACUUCCCAGAUGUAGACUUCAAUGGGUCGGAGACUCUCACUCCUGAAAGUGCCUUAAAAGCCAGAUUGGACGCCAGCGCAAGAAAAAAGUAUACAUUUGCAAAAAAGAAGGCGUUUGCGCUUUUCGUCAGAGGACUGCAGUUGGCGGCUGAUUUGGCUGAAACCAGCUACAGGAAUGUUGAUCGGUGGAGAUGCUGCGACCAGGAGUUUACAGACCAGGUGGCUGUGCACCGACAUGUGGCCGCACAGCACGCAGCCGUUGUUUUGCAACAAACUGAACACAUUUUAGAAGAAAUGAUGAUAGCUGCAGAACCCACCUCCGUGCCAUCCGCAGAUGAUGUAUGUGCUUCAGCGGACAAGUGUUGGAACCGAUGUGACAUUUCUGAUUGGUUACCAGAUACAAGUCAAUACCACAAAGAUGACCUGACAAGUGACCCGGGUGAAGUGCUUUUAUAUUACUGCUACUGUGAAGUAACAGACCCCCAAUGGAUCUGCAAUUGGCAAAGGACAUUGUGUCAAGUGCUAAAUCUCACGGGCAAAAUUCGCAUCGCUACAGAGGGAAUAAAUGGAACAGUGGGAGGGAGCAAACUAUCUACCAGGCUUUAUAUCAGCACUAUGCUAUCGCAUCCUCUGUUUAAGCCCGUUAUGUGCUUGGAAGAUUUCAAGACAAGCGAAGGGGGAGCACAUUGUUUCCCUGACCUACGAGUUGGUAUUUUCCAAGAGAUUGUGCCAAUGGGAAUUGAUCCACAUAAAGUCUCCUACAAAGAAACAGCUGUCCAUCUAACUCCAGAAGAGUUUCAUAAAGAAGUAGAGAAGUAUCUAUCCAAAGCUCACGAUGAAGAGAGCAACACUAUUUUGCUUGACUGCCGCAACUUUUAUGAAAGUAAAAUAGGCAGAUUCCAGAAUUGCCUGGCUCCAGAUAUCAGGAAAUUCAGCUACUUCCCAAACUAUGUGGAUCAAAACCUUGAAGUUUUUAAAGAUAAAACUGUACUGAUGUACUGUACAGGAGGAAUCCGUUGUGAACGGGGUUCCGCUUAUCUCAGGUCAAAGGAUGUAUGCAAAGAUGUGUACCAGUUGAAGGGGGGAAUCCAUAAAUACCUGGAGCAGUUCCCAGAUGGUUAUUUCCGAGGAAAACUAUUUGUGUUUGAUGGACGCUAUACAAUCUCUUCUAACGAUGAUAUCAUAUCGCACUGCCGGUACUGUGCGGCUCCAUGGGACCAAUACACGCUCUGCUGCACGGCCCGCUGCUGCCAGCUGGUUCUGACAUGCAAGGAAUGCCAGGACAAAGGCCACACUGCAUGCUGCCCCACGUGUCAAGAGAAAGGGCUCCAGACACGCUCUGCCAGCCUCCAGCUACCCUUCAAAGAAGAAUGUGAAUGUACAGAAAAGAGACCCAAGAUACCAUUAGAGAAGAUCUAAUCAAAGCCUACAACUUGAUCAACAGCUCAUGGCAGCUCUCAUCACACUGAGCCAGGGGCUGACAGGGGAUGUUGCAUUUUGUAGUAUUUUCAGUUGGCUCGUCUGAUGUAAGCCGAGUAUUUUUUAUUGCUUGGGAUAAAAGAUUUCCAGUUACUGA